CAGAUCUCCUUCAGAAACUAGACACAACCACUAACGCGCGGGGGCAGGCAGAGCAGUGUCGUUGGUUCACCUCGCCCUCAAGAAGACUGAUGUGCUUUUGGCAAACUUCCGCCUUCUUGGUUUCUGUGCCACCGGAUUCACUGCUCCGGUGAAGUGGUGGGAGAGGAUUUUGGAGAGAGAGAGAGAGAGAAAGCGUGCACCCUCACUGCCCUGUCAGCGUCGUGAGCAAGAAAGGCAAAGUGCGAUACGAGGAGAGAAGAAGAGAGGGGGAUGGUUUGGAGAGGCUAGAGCCAGGGGAAGUACCAACAUUGCCCUGUCAGCUUGCUUGCUUGGGAGCGCCGCUGCCGUCGUGAGCCAGGAAGGCAAGGUGCGUGGCGAGGAGAGGGAAGCUUCAUUUGUUCUUGCCGGGGGAAACCACCGCCACCGCACAUGCAGUAGCCCAACGUGCGAACAAGUCGAAGAUAGCCUAUUUGAAACGGAUAAAAUAAGUGCGUCAAUUCCCACCGAUUUCACAGAGGGAGAUACACGCACUCUAGGCAACAGAGAUGGCUCAGGUUAGCGAUCAACAGGCCGCGGUCCAGAGAGAUCUGGCAGAUCAGAACUUUGACUACAUGUUUAAGUUGUUGCUGAUCGGCAACAGCAGUGUGGGGAAGACCAGUUUCCUGUUCCGCUACGCGGACGACUCCUUCACCUCCGCCUUUGUCAGUACAGUCGGCAUCGACUUUAAGGUCAAAACCAUCUACAGGAACGAGAAGAGAGUCAAACUACAGAUAUGGGACACGGCGGGUCAGGAGCGCUACAGGACCAUCACUACAGCGUACUACAGGGGGGCCAUGGGUUUCAUCCUCAUGUAUGACAUCACAAACCAGGAGUCAUUCUAUGCGGUGCAGGACUGGGCAACGCAGAUCAAGACGUACUCGUGGGAUAAUGCCCAGGUGGUGCUGGUGGGCAACAAGUGUGACCUGGAGGACGACAGACUGGUGCCCACUGAGGACGGACACAGACUGGCCAGCGAACUAGGGUUCCAGUUCUUUGAGGCGAGUGCCAAGGACAACAUCAACGUUCGCCAGUCGUUUGAGCGUCUGGUGGACGUGAUCUGCGAGCGAAUGACAGACAGCAUGGACGGGACCGACAGCCCAACAGCCAAUCAGAAGGGACCAAAUCUGCAAGACCCGCCCGCUGCCCCGCAGGGAGGCUGUGGCUGCUGAACAUGCAUACUGAGACAGACAUACACACACACACACACACACACACACACACACACACACACACACCUACAUACUGUACGUCCAUACACACACACACACACACACACACACACACACGCCUCAUGCGUAUACCUGGUGCUGCUAUGUCCAUGGAGUAUGUCACCCCCCAGUCUAUCCUUAAGGCCUAUUGCUCUCAUUGUCAACUGUAUUGCUUCUCAUAGGUGCACCACUAAAUGCAUCUCUGACUACAACACAGCACCUGUUAUUUCAGUUCCUAUUUCAUGUUUCUCUCAAAGCUUCUCGCCUGCAACAGUUGCACCACUAAACACAUCCCUGACUACAAAACUGUACAGGUCAUUUCCUAUUUUAUGUUCCUGUAUAGCUUGUAAUUGGUGCGCCACUAAAUGUAGUCCUGACUGUAACACCAUGCAGUGGCUGCUGCUUCCCUUUAAGCCUGGUGUCCCUCUGUAGCCACAAACAGGUGCGUCCCUAAACCUAGUCCUGACUGCAACACAGCACCUGCUACUUCAAUUGUUAUUUUCUCAUUCCCCAUUUUCUCUGAUUGGUGUGCUACUAAACAUGGUCCUGACUGCAACAGAGAAGAGUGGCUGCUGCCAUCCUUAAAGCUUCUUGCCUAUAACACAAGUGCGCCACUAAACACACCCCUGACGGAAACACACACGGCACCUGUUAUUUCAGUUCCUUUUUCCCUGCUCUACAAAUAAAUCCUACCUACAAACGCAGUGCAGUGGCUGUUCUUUAGGCCUGUUGCCGCCUCAGUCCCCCCCCAUAUGUGCGUCACUAAACACAGUCCUGACUGCAACACAGAACCUGCUACUGCAGUUCCUUAAUUCCACGCCCCACUGCCACUAAUACACCCCCCUGGCUACACCAUAUUACAGUCCUUUGAACCUGUUGCCUUCUGUGUCCUCCUAAUGCCUCUGACAUGUGCAUCACUGAACGCUGUCCCGACUACAACAUGGCACCUGUAAAUCAGUUCCUCUUUUGAUAUGGUGAAAUGACUAUUGUAUGUAUCCACCGCAUGCCUUCUACAGAGAGAUGUCUUGGUGUCCAGAACACUUACAGUGUGUGUGUGUGUGUGUGUGUGUGUGUGUGUGUGUGUGCGUGUGCAUGUGCGUGUGUAUGAGAGAAAGAGAAAGAAUGUGAGUGAAUGAGUGUCAGUGUGUGUUUGGAUGGUAUAUGCAUGAUCUGAUCUACUGUAGACA